GACGGACAGACUAUCCCAGAGGGGGAGCCUGAGCACGUGAGCUUGCACACUGAAGCGUGAAGCUUCACACCUCAGCAGGCCUCCGAGCAGGCGGUCCCGGUCAUGGGCCCUAUACCGGUAGCCAUCCCUAUCGUCCAGCCGCAAUUCACGGCUAACUUCAUGAAUUUCCUCGAGCAGAUGGCUGGAGCAUACGUUCCACCACCGCCGCCACCGCCGCCACCAGUGGCGGUGGUCACCAUCGAGAAGCUCCAGAAGAACGGAGCUGAGGAAUUUCCGGGCGAUCAGAUCGCCGACCCCAUGAUCGCGAAACGGUGGUUUGAGCGAACCAUACGGGUGUUGGGGAACCUGAGGGUUCCGCAGGAGCAGCAUGGCAACCUCGCAGUCGCAUUACUUCAGGAUUCCGCCUACGACUGGUGGAAGAGUGUGGGAGCAGACGUCCCGGAGCCUGUGCAGUGGGCCACAUUUGACCGACUCUUCCAUGAGGAGUACAUCCCGGAGCACUUUGUCGAGGCGAAGCGAGAGGAGUUCCUGAAGUUCACCCAGGGUGAACUCACACUGCCGGAGUAUCACCAGAAGUUUGACGAGCUUGCGGGUGACAUCAACGCGUUGUACAAUAAUGCGUUGGAUUUGAACGCGGCCCUCAUCAAGAAGGCUGAGUUUGAGCAGACGCAGGGGGCGUCAACAGCACCAUCUCGUCCUCCUCCACCCCAGAAGGCGGGGACCAGUGGCAAGAGGUCCUCCGCAGCGCCUAGAAGCUCUCACCAGAGCAAGAAGGUGAAGUCAGCCCCGGCCCAGUCGUCUGCGUCCGUCCAGAAGAAGGGCAAAAGCGGUGAUGGGUUCUGUAACCCAAUCUGCAACCAUUGUCGGCGCAGGCAUCCAGGAAAAUGCUGGUAUACUCUGGGCUUGUGCCUUGGGUGUGGCCAGGCCGGGCAUUUCCGCAGAGAUUGUCCAAAGAAUCCGGGUGAGGCAUUCUUGUCUGCACCAGCCGCUUCAGCCCCAACAGCGCAGCCCGCCCAGAGUCAGAAGUCGGUGGCAGCAUCUAGUCAGCCCAAGCGGCAGGCAUCUGGCGCUCAGGCGGGGAAGGCCUUGGCCCGUAUUUACGCGAUGCGAGGACGUACCGAGCAGCCAGCUUAUGACGUCAUCAUGGGUAUUUUCACCUUAUUCGAUAUGUCCAUUACAGCAUCGAUUGAUCCGGGUUCCACUUUAUCAUAUGUUUGUAUGCCUAUGCCUGUUAUGCCUAACAUUCCGAGGGAAAACUUAGACAAUCCGGUAAUAGUGUCACCCCCAUUGGGACACAGUCUACGACUCACCCAUGUGUAUCACGAUUGCCCAUUAGUGGUCCAGGGAAAGACCUUCCCUGCAAGUCACAUUGAGCUACCACAUCGUGAGUUUAGUGUUAUUCUAGGCAUGGAUUGGCUCACUGCCAACCAAGCUGUUGUUGACUAUGGAGCUCAUACUGUUCGACUGAGAGCUAAAGACGGUAGUGACGUACUAAUCCGUGGUGAGCUUCUUCCCAAAGCUCCAGAAUUCAUUUCCUACAUUCAUGCUCGUCGACUCAUUUGCAAGAAGUGUGAGGCAUUCUUGUGCACAGUGCGUGACACUCGUCAGGAGGCGCCUAGUAGGGGGGACAUCCCUACGAUCCACGAUGUAUUCCACGUGUCCAUGCUCCGGAGGUACCGGUCGGACCCUUCUCAUGUGAUUCCAGUUGAUACAGUCACACUCGAUGAGAAUCUUACGUACGAGGAGGAGCCGAUUGAGAUUCUGGCUUGCGAAGUCCGUCAGUUGAGGAACAAAACCAUUCCGCUGGUCAAGGUUCUAUGGAGAAGUCACACCGUCGAGGAGGCGACAUGGGAAACCGAGGAAUCCAUGCGCACUCGUUAUCCACAUCUUUUUAGUGACCAGUGAUCAGAUUUCCAUGAACUUCUCAAACCAAUGACGUUUUUUCUUUUCACAUAGAGGAACACAACGUAUUUUCAAUAAAUCAAGAAUCAUUUU